AUGUCGUUUGAGUACAUUGAAAUAAGCGAUCCAUUGUACGUGGAGAAUAAGGAAAAAAAUGGAGAAGACGAUUUUAUCAUGGUUCGUGCCAAGGAAUGCAGUGAUGUUCCCAUUUCUAUACCGGAUUGGCAACCAGAAGCUCAUUGCUUUACUACCAGAUUUAAAAAUUUGGAAAAAAGUCUUCUGGAAGCGGAAGUGUAUCCUGACGACGUGUGGGUUUCUUCAUACCCGAAAAGUGGAACAACAUGGUGUCAGGAGAUGGUCUGGCUGAUUUGUAACAAUCUUAACUUCGAAGCCGCUCGAGCAGAAUCAUUGCGAACCCGUUUUCCUUUCUUCGAUGUUGGCUUGAUUCACGACACGAAAACGUGCUCGUUCGAGCGUGUCCGUCAGACACCGCGCCCACGUUUCAUCAAGACCCAUCUACCGGUGUCGCAUCUUCCGAAAAGCUACUGGAAAGUUAAACCGAAAACAGUGUACAUCAGACGAAACCCGAAAUCGGUGGCUGUGUCCUACUUCCAUCACUCUCGUGGCAUUUUUUACAAGGGAACAAUGGAGAAUUUUAUUCAUUCCUUUAUGCGCGAACAUCAUUUCUACUCACCCUAUCAUGCCCAUGUGAUCGAGUAUCACGAACUACAGGGUUGCGAUAAUGUGCUUUAUCUCUCGUACGAAGAAAUGAAACAAGAUUUACGAUCCGUUAUCGGAAGGGUUUGCGCGUUCUUUGGUAAAUCCUAUAGCGAAGCAGAGUUGCAGCAGCUCCUCGAUCAUCUUUCGUUUGAGUCUAUGCGUGAAAACCGUGCCGUAAAUUACGAAGAUCCGAAUGUGCCGCGCGUGGAUGGUUCACGUUUUAUGCGUAAGGGGCAGUUGGCUAGCUGGAAGGAGGAGCUUCCACCGGAACUGAUCGAGGCGCUUGACCAAUGGACAUUGUAUAAAGCACCGAAAGAAGAACACAGACUUUUGUUUCGAUAAACGCAAUAGAUGUGAAAAAUAGGAAACGGUUGUAGUUCGAAACUAAAAAUAUCUUACU